ACAAAGGCAAUAGCGUUUCAAAAUUUGAAGUGUCUUUUCUUCUCUCUCUCUCUCUUUCUGUACGUAGUGAUUAGUAAGGCAUUUAAUAAGGCAUAGGGUCUUGUUUAUUUUCUUUGAUGCUCAGCUCAUUCACUGCACACGAGAAGCUUGUUUCCUUCAGCUCUGCCAUUUCUGGGGUAAUUAAGAAAUGCCACAAGAAACCAACAACAGUUCAUUUUUUACCUCUCCUUGCAAGAACUUGAGAGGACUAAAGUCAUUAAUUUCUCAUAAUGAGGCUUCUUCAUAUAAUGAGGAGAUCAUCAAUGACCAUGAAUUAGCUCAACGAAAAGCUGAAGAAGCAGCAUCAAGGAGGUACCAAGCAGCAGAAUGGCUAAGGCAGAUGGACAAAGGUGCAUCAGCUACUUUACCUAAAGAACCAUCUGAAGAGGAAUUUUGCCUUGCUCUAAGAAAUGGUCUUAUUCUCUGCAAUGUCCUCAAUAAAGUCAAUCCUGGUGCCGUCCUCAAGGUGGUAGAAAAUCCAAUAAUUGCAGUGCAGUCAACAGAAGCAGCAGCACAGUCUGCAAUUCAGUAUUUUGAAAACAUGAGAAACUUUUUGGUGGCUGUUAAAGACAUGAAGCUCUUAACCUUUGAAGCAUCUGACUUAGAGAAGGGAGGCUCAUCAAGUAAGGUUGUGGAUUGCAUUCUUUGUCUGAAAGGGUAUUAUGAGUGGAAGGAAGCUGGAGGAAUUGGGGUAUGGAGAUAUGGAGGCCUUGUGAAGAUUGUUUCUUUUCCAAAGGAGUCUCCAUCUUCCAUAGUUGGUAGUGAAAGUGCUGAUGAAUCCUUCGAUGAAUCCGAAUCAUCACAAUAUGAGCAACUGCUAGACUUUCUUCAUCUUUCUAAUGAGGUUUCAAUUGAAGAAUCCAGAACUGCUAAUGCUUUGGCAUUUCUUUUUGAUCACUUUGGACUUGGACUCCUACAAGCUUACCUUAAAGAGAGUAAUGGGAUUGAAGAACUGCCUUUGAAUGCAAUGGUGAUAGAUGCUUUACUCAGUAAAGUAGUUAAAGAUUUCUCUGCACUACUUGUUUCUCAAGGCACACAGGUUGGACAGAUUUUGAAGAAAAUGCUGAAGGGUGAUAUGGGGUUUCUAUCAAAGUCUGAACUUAUAGAGGCAAUUUCAGAGUAUCUUAGGCAAAGAUCAAAAAUGGUAUCAAGUGAUUUCUCCAAGUUUUGUGUGUGUGGAGGGAAACAAGAACCUGUUCAGCCUUCUGUUAGUCACUCUUCUGCUCAUAUAGAAGUAAUUGAUAUUCAUCAGAGAGAAGUUGAGGAGCUAAGAAUGUGUUAUAAAUUGACAAAAAGAGAAGUGAAACAAAUGCAAGCAAAGUGGGGAGAAGAACUCAAUAGAAUUGAGCACCACAUCAAGGGCCUUGAAGUUGCAAACACUUGUUAUCACAAAGUUUUAGAGGAAAAUAGGCUACUUUACAAUCAAGUCCAAGACCUAAAAGGAACAAUUAGGGUUUAUUGUAGAGUGAGACCUUUUCUACCGGGGCAAUCAAAUGGACAGUCCACUGUGGAUUACAUUGGAGAGAAUGGAAAUAUCAUGAUUGUCAAUCCUCUUAAGCAUGGAAAAGAUGCAAGAAGAAUAUUUUCUUUCAACAAAGUGUUUGGAACAACUGUUACUCAAGAGCAAAUAUAUGGUGAUACACAGCCAUUGAUAAGAUCUGUUCUUGAUGGUUUUAAUGUUUGUAUCUUUGCAUAUGGACAAACUGGAUCAGGCAAGACAUAUACAAUGAGUGGUCCUGAUUUGACCACAGAGAAUACCUGGGGUGUGAACUACAGAGCGCUUAAGGACUUGUUUCAAAUUUCAAAGACAAGGUCAAAUGUCAUAAAAUAUGAAGUUGGAGUUCAAAUGAUUGAAAUCUACAAUGAACAAGUCAGAGACUUACUAGUCAGUGAUGGAUCAAACAGAAGGUUAGAUGUUCGCAAUAAUUCUCAAUUGAAUGGACUAAAUGUGCCUGAUGCAAGUUGGGUUCCAGUUUCAAGUACUCAGGAUGUUCUUGAUCUAAUGAGGAUUGGCCAAAGAAAUCGCGCUGUUGGUGCAACUGCUCUAAAUGAACGAAGCAGCCGGUCACAUAGUGUUUUGACAGUUCAUGUCCAUGGAAAAGAGUUAGUCUCUGGAUCCAUACUUAGAGGUUGCUUGCAUUUAGUGGAUUUGGCUGGAAGUGAAAGAGUAGAUAAAUCUGAAGCAGUAGGUGAAAGAUUAAGAGAAGCUCAACAUAUUAACCGGUCUCUCUCAGCACUUGGAGAUGUUAUUUCUGCUCUUGCACAGAAGAGCGCUCAUGUUCCAUAUCGAAAUAGCAAGCUUACACAAGUCCUACAAGAUUCUUUAGGUGGACAAGCUAAAACAUUGAUGUUUGUGCACAUAAACCCUGAAGUUAAUGCUGUUGGGGAGACUAUUAGUACACUCAAAUUUGCAGAGAGAGUUGCUUCAAUAGAACUUGGAGCAGCUCGAUCGAACAAAGAGACUGGCGAAAUUCGAGAACUUAAAGAAGAGAUAUCAAAUCUUAAAGAAAUGUUAGAGAAAAAGGAAGCUGAGCUAGAGCAAAUAAAAGCAGGAAAUUCUAAAACCACAGCAGAAUCUCAAAGACCAAGAGCUGUUUCUCCAUUUUACAUGCCAAGAUAUGGUACAAGUGCAAAUAUAAAAACUGAAACAUGUCAACGACCAAAUGAUGAGGUUAAAAACUCCGAGCCUAGAAGCUGUUCUUCAGGUAAGCAAAGAAGGUCAAGAUUUCCUUCAGCACUCACAGAGAAAGAAACAUUAGCAAGAAAUGCUUCUGGAAUUGAAGAAAGACCAACAAGUUGUUCAAAGCCACGCUCGCCCUCUCCUCCAGUUAAACGGUCACUCUCCUCGGAUAGAGGAUCAGUAAUUAAGAGCAGAGUCAAGGCUGAGACAAUGGAGAGUCAUUUAGUUGCAAAAGUACCAUUUCCUGCUAGAGUACCUGUCAAUAAAUCCAUUCCUGCAAUGCCAAUAACUCUAUCAACUAAUGCUAAUACACAAGUACCUUACACCAGUCAACGAGACGCCGUGAAGCAGGAAAACAUUUCUGAUACAUUAUUGAACCUUCAAAAGAUUAGUUCCAGGAAAGUAUAUCCUGAAAAUGAAGAAGACCAAUUUAGGCAAGCUCUUAAUGUAAGACAGGGCGGUAUCAGAAAAAGUAAAAUUGAAACUAAGGUUAAGGCAAAGAAUCAAUUGCCUGGAAAACUUCAGAAAUUUGAUGUAGGAAUUACAACUCUUUCUGUUUCUGAUAUUGAUGCUGUUGAAAAAAUUGAAGAGCCAAGAAAGAGUGACUUUUCAGAAACAGAAAAUGACCAUUUGCUUUCUGAGUCUCCAUUACUAGGUGCUUUGAAGGUAAAGAAGGUUCAAAAAAGCUUUUCAAGGAGCUCUCAGAAUGUUGAACCGAGAGGAGCCGUGCAAGCUGUGGAGAAACUUGAAAACAAACUUUCAAAUAAUGCCAUUCGGAAUGCGAAGGAAAGCGGCAACACAUCUAUGCCUGAAUUCAGGAGAAGCCGAUCCACUCCUCGUGGAAAGUUUUUCAUCCUGCCUUGAGAAUUCAUCAAAGUAUAUAUCUACAUCUUU